AUGGCACAUUUAUACGACCACGAUCUAGCCAAUCCGAACCAACUUGACAACAAUGGAUUGACUCUAGAUGACGCCAAUCGUGACCAUGAUUAUUAUGCUUAUCAAUUAUAUAUGGACGCUGGCUUGCCCAUGUCGACCACUGUUUAUACUCAGUACGACCAGAGCGAGAGUCAGCCCUGGAUCUAUGCAGACUCAAAUACCAAUCAAUCACGUCCACGGAACGGCGUUCAAUCAAAUCCUUUUGGUCAGACUCCAAUUUGGAAUGCCAUGCAUCACCCUACAGUCGAGGGAUAUAAUGUUCUCGAGGGCUCGCACACGAGCGUUCCCUACACCGGAUACGAUCCCACUCAAAGCUAUCUCCAUACUCCUGCGGCCGUCCCCUCUGUGCAUGCGCAUAUGAACCUACAGCCAUACAACGGGGGCGACAUUCAAUCUGCGGGACAGGCGACAUCUUCCAGGUACCUUGAGAACCAACUGAGCGAGGGGAACUGUCAAGACACCGUACAAUGCUAUUGGAGGAACUGUGGGCACUACUUGAUCUUUCCUGACAAUAAAGCGCUGAUGUACCACGUCGAAAUGGUUCAUAUCAACCCGCGGAAUGACGGAGAUCAAGAGAACCACGGGGGCAUAUCGAAAUGGAAAUGCAGCUGGAAGGACUGCACUUCUUCCAUCGGUAAAAAGUCGUCAAUGGUGCGCCAUGUCAAAACUUUGCACAUCGAGAAGGGCGCAUUCCCUUGUCCUCUUUGUGGCCGUCUCUGCAACCGCAACGAUAACUUGGUGGACCACAUGAAGACGGCUCAUUGGGCUCUAACCCGGUGA